AUGGUCCCCCAAUUUGUAUUCCACCUCCGUCGGUCUCAGUUUUCACGGACAAGUAAUAACAGUCCCGACGAGACAUCCUACAACAGACAUAUUUUCAUGUCGGAGAAUGUGACCAACUCUCUCAUAAUGAUUCAACCUGUCCUCAAAUCAUACUCCUUCUUGGUGACCAACAAUGGAAUCGAGUUCUGUGUGCAGAAUGCCCCACUGGACGCCUCGAGUAUAAAGGAGGAUCAUGUUCUCUUGAUGGACACAUUCUUCUCUGUCUUGAUAUAUUUCGGACGUGCUGUGGCCUAUUACUACGACCAGCAACUACACAAGAGGCAAGAGUAUUCCUAUCUGGAUAAACUGUUCACUGUCCCCUUGGAGGAUGCCAAGAAAAUAUUGGUUGGUCGAUUCCCAGUGGCUCGGUUGAUACAGACGAGGCAUGAUGGGUCACAGGAGAGAUUUCUGCUGAAUAAAGUGAAUCCUUCGAGGAGUAGUGAGGACUCGUAUUUGGUGUGA